AUGGCUCCAAAGUACACCGAGGCCAGCAUUAUUGAAAAACAAAUCAGUUUCUCAGUUGUAAAAAUCACAUUCUUAGGGCUCUAUCGAUAUGCGACCACAAUCGAUGCUGUGCUUCUUUUUAUUUGUGCGGUCUCAGCCAUUCUCGCUGGUGCUUGCCAGCCCGCACCAACUCUAGUAUUUAGUCGCAUUGCCUAUAUUUUUGUUCAAACCGAAGGCACAACAGGGCAUCAAGACUCUUCUAGCGCAGUUGAUCAUUACACCCUGCUCUUUCUCUACAUUGCCAUCGGCUCAUUCGUCACACAGUAUGUAUCCACCACUGGAUUCAUCUACCUUGGCGCAAAGAUUACGCGGCGCAUAAAAGAGCACUGCAUGGAAUCUAUCUUAACGCAAAAUGUUGCGCUGUUUGACGAGCGAGGCGCGGGGGAGAUUGCUACUCAGCUUACCUCUGAUGCCCACCUAAUCCAGGAAGGCCUGUCGCAAAAGCUUGCUCUCACCCUCAGCGCAGUUGGGACUCUGGGUGCGACAUUUAUCAUUGCAUUCACUGUACAGUGGAAGAUUACGUUUAUGCUUAUUUGGUGCAUUGUCGUGGGUGUGAUCCUCUUGCUUGGAGGCAACAAGAUCGCUGCACGCUACAGCGGGAAAGCGUUGGAGGCAUACUCGGCGGGCGGAUCUCUGGCUGAGGAAGCCCUCAGUGCCAUCCGAUAUACAACAGCCCUGGGCAUGCAAAGAGAUAUCCUGGACCGGUAUAGCACGCAGAUUAAAUCCGCUGAGAAGCAUGGUUUCCGCCUAAAGAGCUUCAUGGGUGCAAUGGUCGGCUUUGCCGUCGGGAUUGGGUAUGUCAAUGUUGCGUUGGCCUUUUGGCAAGGCUCUCGAUACUUGUCAUUCGGAAGUGCUACCUUUACCGCAGUUGUGACCAUCACACUGGCAAUCAAGUCUGCUGCUUUUUCAGUCCUUGGAGUGGGGGCUAAUGCAGGCGCCUUCGUGUCAGCAGUUGCUGCAGGAGGGCGCGUCUUUAGCCUGAUCGACCGCAUCUCUCCAAUUGACUCAUCUUCCGCAGACGGCCUUGUGAUUAGUGAUGAUAUUGUUGGCCAAAUCGAAUUCCGGGAUGUGAAGCAUAUAUAUCCAUCUCGACCAAGCGUCGUGGUCGCAGACAAUCUGACCCUGACAUUUCGACCUGGACAGAUGACUGCCGUCGUUGGCUCGUCUGGAGCCGGGAAAAGCACAAUCGGACAUCUUCUCGAGCGGUUUUACGAUCCUGUCGCCGGUCAGAUAUUGCUGGACAACCUUGAUAUCCGCGAUAUUAAUCUCAAGUCCCUCCGCCAAAAUAUUCGUCUGGUCGAUCAAGAGCCCAGCCUUUUCAACACGACAGUGGUGGAGAAUAUUGCAUACGGCCUGGUCGGCACAAAGUUUGAAAGUCAUACGCCGGAAAAGAAACAACAAAUGAUUGAGAAUGCGGCACGACUAGCCUGCGCCCACGACUUUAUUAUGCAACUGCCAGAUGGAUACCUUACUCGCGUUGGAGCUAGAGGAUCAAAGCUAUCUGGCGGUCAGAAGCAGAGGAUUGCCAUUGCUCGAGCACUUAUUGGGCAACCGAAGAUUCUUAUCCUGGACGAAGCGACCUCGGCAUUAGACACUACAACGGAGAUUCAAGUCCAAAAUACACUGAAGGCAGUUAGAAGUACCUGCACUACAAUUAUUAUUGCACACAGACUGUCCACUAUUCAAGGGGCAGAUAACAUCAUCGUGCUGGACGGUGGGAGAAUUGUUGAGCAGGGUAAACAUGACCACCUCAUGCAACUUCAGGGAAACUAUUUCCUCCUGGUAGAGGCCCAAACUCACAGGGACAGCGCUGGAAAUACUAUUGAUGCAAAGGUCGAAGCUGAUCUCACUGAAAAAAGACUCUCCAUUAGCAAAGCGUUGGAUACACAGCUUGCUUUGGAUGGUGAGCUGCCAGCUAGCUGGUUGAAGACCUCCCCAGAUGACCUGAUCGAUAAAUCGAACGGGGACUCAUCUCUCGCUCUGGCUCGAUUUGUUGCUUCUCUGAAUUUAAAGGAGCUACCUAUUAUCUCGCUCGGGUUGGUUUGCUCGAUCAUUGCUGGAUUCGAAGAGCCAAUUUCCGCCAUCUUGUUUGGGAAGGCUAUUACAGCCAUCGCUUUACCACCCAGUGAGGGCAGCCUCCUUCGCCGCCGUGCAGGGCUCUGGUCGCUCAUGUUCUUGGUCCUGGCUCUAGUGGAAUGUUUGGUAUUCAUUAUUCAGGGAGUUGCCUUUGCCUACUGCUCCGAACGCCUUGUAUACCGGGCACGCUAUCGCGCUCUGGAGGCAAUUCUCCGGCAGGAAAUCUCUUUUUUUGAAAAGGAAGAAAACAGCAUCGGGGCCUUGACAUCCCUUCUCUCGGUUGAGUCUACUAAUCUGGCGGGGAUUAGUGGAGCGACAUUGGGGACGAUACUGAUUGCAAUUUCCACACUGGUCACCGCGUUUGUCGUGGGUUGUGCCUUUGGAUGGAAACUGGCCCUUGUCUGCUCUUCAGUCAUACCGGUCCUUGUUGGUAGCGGGUUCUAUGGUGUCUGGCUCGUCGCAAGGCUACAAGAACAAACUGAUAGGGUUAGUAAAGAGACUGCUGCAUACGCGACCGAGACAGUGACCUCUAUCCAAACUGUCUUUGCUUUCACGAGAGAGCAGGAUGUGCUGGCGUAUUUUAAACAGGUGCUUGCGAUCUCCGAGCGUGCUGGCCUCAAAACCAAUUUGAAAACCUCGGCGCUCUAUGCCCUAUCUCAGUCACUCCUCUACGCCUGUAUGGGGCUCGGAUUCUGGUUUGGUGGCAGGCUGAUCCUUUGGCGUGAAUAUUCAACUUUUCAGUUCGUCACGGUCUAUUCGUCUAUCACCAUGGGUGCCUUCUCUGCUGGCCUCGUCUUCUCAUUUGCCCCUGAUAUCGGCAAAGCCAAGAAGUCCGCUCAGGAUUUCAAGAGGCUCUUCGAUCGAAAAUCCAAGAUCGAUCCACUAAAUUCCAGUGGAUACAGCGUUGGAAAUGUCCAAGGGAGAAUUGAAUUUCGAAACGUUUCUUUUCGGUAUCCAUCUCGGCCCGACUUGGUCUUGGAUGGUGUCUCAUUUACCAUUGAACCUGGACAACAUGUCGCGCUUGUUGGCGAAACAGGAAGUGGUAAAAGUACCAUUAUUUCUCUUCUCGAAAGAUUCUACGACCCGACGCACGGAGAAAUCUUGGUGGACGGCCAGCCGAUCACCACCCUGAAUGUGAAAGAGUAUCGACAAGCCCUGGGCCUAGUUAUUCAAGAGCCAAGCCUGUAUGACGGCACGAUCAGGGAGAAUUUACUUCUUGGACUCAAUCCGGAAGCCACUUCUGAUGAAAUGAUUGCAUCUGCUUGCAAAACCGCAAAUAUCUACGACUUCAUCCUAUCUCUUCCGGACGGAUUUUCUACCACAGUAGGCAAUCGUGGCAGCCAACUGAGCGGCGGGCAGAAGCAGAGACUCGCGCUGGCUCGUGCCCUGGUGCAGCGGCCCGCCAUUCUGUUACUGGAUGAGGCCACCUCAGCGGUCGACGCGAAGUCCGAGAAGCUCAUUCAGGAGGCGUUAGACAGCGCGUCUGAAUGUCGUACCGCUCUUACAAUUGCCCAUCGUCUGAGCACUGUGAGAAAUGCGGAUGUCAUCUACGUACUGGAUCAAGGCCGAAUCAUCGAGGCAGGACUAGCGGUUAAGGACGAAGGCCUAGUAGAGGGUCUAGAUUAG